AUGAAGAGGUUCGGGUCGGGUUCGGGUCGAGUCAAUUCGGGUUCGGGUUGGGUCGGGUCGACGAUUUUGUCGACAUUUCGGUCACUAGUGAAGGCCAAAGGUACUCAAAAUCCAUGGCAUUGCAUAGGAAAUGGAUGCGGCGAACGCUCUCCGUUUGGCGCACACAUCGCCGGACCCGAUGUGAAUCACUUGACUCACACCCAACACAAUCGCCUGAGUUCUCAACCGGUUAUUAUAGCGGACCCAACCGGCGCCAGAAUCACCCUUUCAUUCAUACAAAUACUCGGCGCAGAGAGUCUUAGGCCCGCCGUAAGUAAAAUCACACCGAAGGCCAGUGACAGAGUCCUGGAGCCAAAGGCCGAGUUCAGCCUUAUACUUGUCGUUAGCCGUAUAACCGAAACCAAAAACAGUCAUAUUUCCCGAAAUGAACGUACGAUUCGUUUCCGGCAGACAUACGGUGGUGCGGUCCCGGAGUCGAGUAAAGGGUCGGUCCGUUUGAAACAAACCCACGUCCAAACCGCCCGACGCCUUGAAUGA